AAUACGUGCGUGAGCCUUGUCCGUUGGUUUAGGUCCAACAGCUGUGUCUGGCCGGUUCAGCAGUUUCCCGUUCUUUACUUGCGUUUAAGUCUCGCGCCCUGCUCGGUUGGCUAUUCGGCGCUCUGCGCUUCGUGUGAGAGAAGUGGCUUAGUGAGGGAGUUGACAUUCGCAUCCACCCACGCGUCCAAUUAACGAAGUCGUCGAUCUGGCUGAUACUACAUGUGCUCUGCAAGCUACGGCUGGUGUUGUUGCUGCUGCUGCUUGACGUGGUGUUCCAUGCGAGGAAGUAAACUUGAUCUAGAUCAACGUGAGUGAAGCUCAAGUGCAAUAUACCUCCGCUGUAGCGCCUUGUUGGCUACGGUUGUCGAAGCUGCAUGCGCUAUACGGCACAGGCGACCUCCCUUGACGAGUGUAGAUUUUCGAUGCGCAUCCCGCGUGUGGUGUGAAUCGAUUCUGUUCCAGCAAUUAUUCACGAUCAUUAAAGCCAAUUUGGAGUGGUGGUGUGCUACAGGGAAGAUGGAUUAGAUGCUAUUGAUUUCAGCGGCGAAACCUCAUACCGACUGGUCAGUGGAUAAUUGAGCAUAAAACAAGAAAACGGACCGGUGAUUGAUUGUUAAUCCUGUUUAGAGCAACACAGUGAACCAUUAAUAGGAAGCAAAGGGGGAAAAGAAGUGCUUCUAUUCAUGGAUCAAUUCUUGUGAUUUCAUGCGCUGCCGAUGAUAAAUGAAAGCAGAAUCGAAGCUCUGACCGGAGACCGACGGUCGAGUGAAUGUUGUUUUCUUCAACAUAGUGUGUGAGAAGAAACUGAAGAAAGGCAUCUGAGAUACUUACCGGGAAGACAUGAAAGUAAAGUGUGAAGGUUGAUUGAAGAAUUUUGAAUGCUCAGUGACAAGUGUGGUCCAAAAUAUUGUAUAGAAUGUUGUAUGGUGCAUAAUCUCCUCGUUCUAAUUGCUGGGAAAAAUACAUUUUGAAAAGCUGCGUGGUGAUAGAAAAACGCUGCAAGAAGGAGAAGGCAAUUUUUUCAAACAGGCGGUUUAAAGUUUAUGGAUACAACAGGUGAUCAGAUCGUGCCGUCGCCAAGCUUUUGGGUAAUGCAGUCACCAGAACUAGAAUUUCGGCAUGAGCUGAUGGGGCGCAUAAAUAAAUUGGAAAGUGAUGUCGAGCUGGACGUGGUACCGAUUAAUCAGCAUCAUCCAUCAUCCAGUUCCCCGCUGCCCCAGUCGGCUCUGUCCGCUGGAUACGGGACCCAAGGUUACGACUAUGGCAAGGAGUUCUUUUUCGCAGGAAACAAACACCGAGAUGCACUAUGUCCGGAUGGCGACGACUCGUUUCUGCGACCUCCACUGUGGGAGGACAUUACGAGUUCAAUCCAGAACAUUGACCCUGAGAACGCUGUCAUGCUCGGCACGCUGAACGGUGUUACGCAGGUGAAAACCGAGGCUGUAGAUGAUACCUUCCUGGAGCCUCUCUCCUCGCCUCUCCUGAGCCCACUAGAAAUAAAAACCGAGAAGUCCCUCUCGAUGCAAAACAACAACAGUAUACACCAAAAUCAGUUACUUAGCGAUAGUAGUUGUAAUAGCAGUACUAGUACGAGCAAUACCAUAGCAAAUAGCGAAUCUAACUUCCUGUAUUACUCGCAUCCGCAGCCGCUAGUCAAUAGUCAAAAUACCCACGCUCAGCAGCACAAUCUUAACGGCUACAUGGGCUGUACCAAUGGAAGCGGAAGCCUCCAUGCGCUUGCCAGCUCUCAUCAUGGUGGACACCAAAACCACCAAUCACAUCCCCAAGGGCACCACCUGCAGGUGAAUCAAAAUAACAACUACUACCAUUGGCCCUCUCACCAGCCAAGCCAUGGAACACCUCAAAUGUACCACCCGAAAUACCAUCCACCCACCCAAGGUCCCACCAUCUGCACACCGAUUUCGAGGCUAAUGUACGUCCCACCUCUCACCCCGCCAAACUCCGAUCCCGGAAGCCCGGGAACCACCCUUCAGAAUCCUCCUCGACGAACACCUCCACCGCCAUAUCACCCACAGCAGCUGGCGUCCCUCUCGAUACACAUGGGCCCCAGUGGGCAGCAACCCGCCCACCUUCAUCAUCAUCCGCACGGGAUACCACCCCAGCAAGCGUCUUCAGUGUCCACCGUUCCUGCCGGAUCUCAACAGCAUCCGCCCCCCUCCUCAGCGGCACUGGCAACGGUAAACCCGCCCACCAACCCCUUAGCAAUAUCAUCAAUAGCAAUUGGCAACAGCAGUAGCACCGGUGGUGGCAACACCAACGGCAACGGCAGCAAUACCAACAACAACCGCAGUAGCAGUGGUAGUGCCAGUAGUGGCAGUAGUUCCGGAACCGUGCGGAAACGAUCCCAGCACAGCAUCAACCACGUGCUCAGUAGUGUGGGCGUUGUGAAGCACAUCGUUGGCCGGUACAACCGGCGGAACAAUCCGGAGCUGGAGAAGCGGCGGAUACAUCACUGUGAUUUUAUGGGUUGCACAAAAGUCUAUACCAAAAGUUCGCAUCUAAAAGCCCAUCAACGAAUCCAUACAGGCGAAAAACCGUACACCUGCCAGUGGCCCGAAUGUGAGUGGCGUUUCGCGCGGUCCGACGAGCUGACGAGGCACUACCGCAAACACACCGGUGCCAAACCGUUCAAGUGCAUCGUGUGCGAGAGGAGCUUCGCCCGGAGUGACCAUUUGGCGCUGCACAUGAAACGGCAUCUACCAAAAAAUAAGUAAACCGAACCG